AUGGCCGGAGUCAGGCUGCGCGGCGUGCACAAGCUCUACGGCAAGGUUCAUGCCGUGCGCGGUGUGGAUAUCGAGAUACCGGACCGCGCCUUCACCGUGCUGGUGGGGCCGUCGGGGUGCGGCAAGAGCACGCUCCUGCGCAUGAUCGCAGGCCUGGAGGUUGUGACCGAAGGCACGGUGGAGAUCGAUGGCGCGGUGGUCAACGACGUCCGGCCCAAGGACCGGGACGUCGCGAUGGUGUUUCAGAACUACGCGCUCUACCCGCACAUGUCGGUGUUCGAGAACGUGGCCUUCGGGCUCAGGAUGCGGAACGCGCCUAAUUCCGAGAUCCGCCCGCGGGUGGAGCGGGCGGCCACCAUGCUGGGGAUCGCGGACCUGCUCGAGCGCCAGCCGCGCCAGCUCUCCGGCGGCCAGCGCCAGCGCGUCGCCAUGGGCCGCGCGCUGGUGCGGGACGCCAAGCUCUAUCUCUUCGACGAGCCGCUGAGCAACCUCGACGCCCAGCUGCGCGAUGAGAUGCGCACCGAAAUCAAGCGGCUGCAUCAGGACAUGCAGCGGACCAUGAUCUACGUGACCCACGACCAAGUGGAGGCGAUGACGCUCGCCGACCGGAUUGUGCUGCUGCGCGACGGCCAGAUCGAACAGGAGGGGCCGCCGCUGGAGCUCUACGAGCGGCCGGCGACCCGCUUCGUCGCGGGCUUCAUCGGCUCGCCGGCGAUGAAUUUUGCGACGGCACGGAUCGAGGCGGCGGACGGCGCGGCCGCGGUGAGGGCCGGUGACCAUGCCUUCGCCCUGCCGCCGGAGCGGGCGGCGCGCUACGCCGGCGACGGCGGCCGCGACGUGCUCUUGGGCAUCAGGCCCGAGCACAUGUACCGGGCCGAGGGCGAGACGCCCAGGCCCGACUGCGCGCGGCUCGCGACCACCGUCGAGAUUGUCGAGCCCAUGGGUGCCAACACGCUCGUCAACUUCCACCUCGGCGAGACCUCGAUGCUUGUGCGCCUCGACGGCUCCGCCGCCGAGCAGCCGGGGGAUUCGCUCGCGCUCGACGUGGACAUGAACCGGGCCGUGCUCGUCGAUCCGGAGAGCGAGCGGGUAAUCUGA